GAUACAUUUGGGUGUGGAGGGAGCAGUGGCAGGGCCGGGGAGGGCCCAGUUCAUGGACGACCAUACGUUAAGUCCCCUCGGCAGCCAUGCCCCCGAGACCCAGGCUGGGCCAGGACGUGGGCAGCAGGGUGAUGUCCCAGGCCUCCGGAGCUCCCUGGAUGCGAGCAGGCGGCUCAGGGACCUGGACGAGGCGGAGCCCGACUUUCAGGAAGAGGCCCCCCCUGAGGAGGUGGCCGGAGAAGAGUUCCUCGAUACCCCGAACCCAGAAGAGGCCCUGUCUGAGUUGGAGAGGGUCCUGGGACAAGAGGAGGUGUGUGAGGCCAGAGGGGGCGAAGCUUGCCAUGCAGGGAGCGUCCGGAAGUGGGUGGUCUCUGGCGUGGCCCGGAACCGGCUGUCCAUCACCCAGAAGUUCCCCAGCGCCCCGGCCAAAGGGAGCAGGAGGAGGAGGAGGAGGCUCACGGAGCUGGCGAAGCCCAAGACCAACUGGCAGGUCCUCAGGGACAGGCUGGGGUGCCGCUGUAAGGGCUAUGCCUGGAUCUCCUGGCACAAGAUGGACCUGCAGUUCUGUCUCUACUGGCCGUCUGUGUAUUGGACCGAUCGCUUCCUGGAGGACACCACCCUCUCCAUCACCAUGCCUGUUGUGUCCCCCCGAGUGGAGGAGCUGGCCCGGCCUAGGAGAUUCUACCUGGAGUACUACAAUAACAACAGGACGACUCCCAUCUGGCCCAUCCCGCGUCCCACCCUGGAGUACCAGGCAUCCAGCCGUCUGAAGGCCCUGGCCGCCCCGAAGGUCCGGAGCAACAUGUGGAGCAUCAACGUGUCUGAGGUGUCUCAGGUGUCCAGGGCGGCCCAGAUGGCAGUGCCCACCCCGCGGAUCCUCCAGCUGGCAAAGCCCCGUGCCCCAGCCCCCCUGCUGGAGGAGUGGGACCCUGUGCCGAGACCCAAGCCGCACGUGUCCGACUACAGCCGCCUCCUUCACCUGGCCAUGCCCAAGGCCCAGUCAGACAAGUGCGUCCCUGACCGAGCUCCUCGGUGGGAGGUGCUGGACGCCGCCAAGAGGGCCGUGGCCAGCCCCCGCACCAUCGCCCUUGCCAAGCCCAAGGUGCGCCAGGACUUCAACCAGACCUACAACCCCUACUCCGUCUCCCCGGCCUCCCUGGUGGCUCGGGCCUCCCCGCGCCUGCAGGAGCUCGCUGCCCCCAAACACAUCACCAGGCAAGUGUGAGCCCCCCAGGCCUGGCCUCCCGGGCCGUUCCCAGUAAACACCCAAGUGCAUCCAACCCUGUGUACGUGAUUGCUCUGAGCCUUUGGCCCGAGGGGGUGGCAGUCUGGGGGACGGAGGAGGAGGACAAUAAUAAUAUUUUCUCAC